AUGACGAACCACCAGAAUAGUCCUACAAGAAGUGGGUCAAUGACUCACAUGCUUCCAUCACCAAAUAGGACCAACAAAAUCCCAACAUCACCUAACAAACUCCCCUUCAAUGGACUAAAACACUUACUCUUGACUGUCAGAUCACCUAGUGGUUCUGGACGGGCAGGUUUACCAUCACCUGAAAAGCGACCAAGUUCCGAGCUUGACAAGAGUGCACGUAAGAGAGCUAUUAAUACAUCCAACCUAUAUCGACGCUCCAUGGACGAUGACGACGAGGGAGAUCAGGAUGGAAUAUUGGAUCGACAAGAACGAGAAUUGGCAGAACGGAUUAUUAGAGAAUCGCGUGGAGAGGUCGUUGCUGCGGAAGAAGAUGAAGAUGACGAUGAAUCUGAGAUUGAAAGGUAUUAUGGGAGUGAUGUUGAAUUUGAGGAGGAUUUAACUGAAAGAAAAGCCAAGAGGACCAGAACCAAAGCCGUUAAGAAAACAACAUAUGUUGAAACUGAUUCUGAAAUAGAGUCGUCUCCAAGUGAAGAAUUCACUGACGAAUCAGAUAUGGAAGAGCAAGAAUCAUCGCGUCCGAAAAGGAAAGCUAGGACUCGAAUUGUAGAUUCUUCACCCACGCGAAGAAAACAGAAACGAGAGAAACGACCAAGAAAGGAACCAGAAGAUCAUAAGCGUAGGGGAAGACCACCAAGAACUGAAUUGAUCGCUAGUCAAGUCAAGAGUAUUUUUCAACAAGAUGAUGAAGAGUUCGCAUCCGAUACAGUACCAAGCUAUAAGUUGAACCGUCGAGAUGAUGCAAGCCCAAAACAAAAACAGAUAGUUGCUUCUAACUUUGUUAAUGCUUUAUGGGAGAAGAGUUCUACUAUAAACACUGUUCCAAUAGUUAGCGGUAUAAAGAAAAAGCCAUCCGAGCUAUCGGAUGAUCAACCAACUAAACUCAAAUUUGAGCCAUUGCCUAUCCCUAGGAUGGAUUCAGAAGGAAAUAUUGUCGAUCAAGAAUAUCUAGAUAAAUACUUUGAUGGGAUAGAUUUUACAAAAUGCACUGAAGGGAGAUUUCUUGAUGACAGGGCGUUUUUCUUGGAAGGUUCAGAAGGUUAUUUUGAACAGCAUCAAUUCAGAUCCAAAGCCAAAGCAAACUCACUUGGAGAUGCUGCUCCUGGUCUGAUUGAUUAUCAAGAUUUCAAUUCAUAUAUAAAAUUGAAUAAUUCUUUUGCUCAAGAACAGAAAAAUACAUUAAAAGAUUUGCAUAAAUAUUUAUAUAACCAAUGGUGUUUUGAAUUGACUCAAGGGUUUAAUCUCAAUUUCUACGGGAUCGGGUCCAAACUUGAUAUUUUAAAUGACUUUAUACAGGAAUACUUCGGCAUUUGGUACGAAGAUGUUCUCCCCAAUGAUCCAAUGCCUAAAGUUCUAGUAGUAAAUGGGUAUAAUCCGACAAUCAGUUUGAAGAAGUUAAUAUUGGAGAUUGCAUCCUGUUUAAUUCCCAAAGACAAAAAAGUGAAACUUCCAAAACAUCUUUCCGGAACAGUUCCAUUCUUGAUCAACUACAUGAAGGAAUCACGGGAGGAAGUCCAUGAUCAAGGGUUUAUCAAACCAAAGCUAGUCUUAGUAAUCCACAGCUUUGAUGGUGAUCUUUUCCGAGAUGAAAAAGCUCAAAAUCUUUUAAUUCAAUUAUGUGGCCUACCAGAAGUCUGGUUAUUGUCGUCAACUGAUAAUCUAAAUGUUGGUUUAUUAUGGGAUCUGUUCAAACUGAAAAAUUUGAAUUUCAUCUGGCAUGAUUUAACUACAUAUGCAUCAUAUACGACUGAGAUGUCAUUCAAGGAUGUUUUAAGUCUUGGAAGAUCAAAGAAAUUCGUUGGUGAAACUGGGGCUAAGUUUGUGUUGAGAUCAUUAACGGAUAAUCAUAGGAAUUUGUAUCGUAUAUUAUUACAAUCACAGAUACAAACAAUGACAAAGUUAGUUGCGACAAAAGCUGCAAGAACUGGAUUAAAAGGAAGUCUGAAAUAUGGUAUUCAGUUGAAAGAGUUGUAUGAAUUAUGUUUGGAUGAGUUUAUUACAUCCAAUGAAAUCACAUUCAGAACAUUGUUAACUGAAUAUAUUGAACAUAAAAUGUGUCAAUUGGUUAAGGAUAGUUCUGGGGUAGAGAUUGUGUUCAUUCCAUUUAGUUUUGAUGAAAUGGAAAGACUCAACCAGGAAGAGUUUGUACCAAAAGCAUAA